AUGACCCACACUCCUAAAACUGCUCCUACCUCGGGCACCACAGAACCGGGAGAGCUCCAGGACAUUGUUGCCAGUUUGAAAAUGGCUCUUGACACAACCAAGUCAGCCUCGAGUUCCAGCAGCACAAUUCAGCAACCCUUGUUAGCUGACCUCGAUGAUAUGCCCCUUGAAGAUAUUUGCAUCGAUAAUUGGCCUUGGCUGCCUUCUCCAUGGAACGAUAAAGAGGUCGAGUUCGACUGGAGCAAGGACAUGCCAGGCCAUUCUGAUGCGGUCCAUGAUGCCCUUGACACUUUUGCGGACGAUCGGACAGGCACUCGACCGACCGGCUUUCCUCUGUCCUCCAUCAGUACGACUUUGGCUCCUACUCAGUCGAGCUUUCCACCUGUUCCCGUGCUCUCCCUGGAUGACUCCACGACUAACGACGUCGAAGAAGUUGAAGAGAGGGCUAGGAACAAAUACGCAAGCCUCCCACAUCCAGUCAUCGGACACCUGUCACAGCUGAGCAUGCGUGUGACCUCCUUACGGUUCAUGAGCUCGAGCAUGGCCAUGGCAGCGGAAGCGUCGUCGGAAAAUCUCGCGGACGGUCGAGGUGCGUCCUUGGUGUAUGGCACUGCCUUCGAGUCCGUGGUCUCCUGGCUCGCAAACAUACAUGGGGUGGCAAGCACCAACAUACAUUCCACGAUCCAGGUCAACGUGGCCAACCUGGCGGCCCAGGCCCAAAUCCCCGAGCCCAGUCCUGGGUCGAAACCCGCGAUGCCCCCUGGUAGGGAAAAUACCCUCAGCCAAGUAUUCUCAGCCUCACAAUCCCUGCUGGAAAUCCUCCAUGCCCUGGAAAUCGACAGCGCCUACCCGAGAACCCCGUCGCCGGUAACUGCUGGGCUGCAAACACCGUCGAGCUCUGUCGCCGGCCCGGCUGACGGGUACUUUGGGAUAAUGACACAGAGCAGCUCGGUGUCAUCCACCCCUUUGCUGCCAAACAUGCAAUCGCACUGCGACAUGAUUAUCAACAAUUUUAUUAUGGUCUGCGAUAGCUUGCUGCUAGAAAUCUACGAGGCCGUUGUUAUAGCUCUGGAACACGAGAUAGAUGGCGGUGAUCACCCACACGGGCCGGUCCUCGGGGCUGUGCGAUGGGUCCUAGUCAUCGAGCUCUGUUCCCACCUUAUCGAGCGUCAACACCAGGCUGUCAGCUUGUUUUUGACAUCAGCGAGGUCGCAAAAUGCUCUAAAUUCUGCGCAGACUGGGAAUUUGACUCAGAUUGGGCCGGGUUUUGAGCCGACGAGCCGGGAGAGGUCGAUCGAGUUGAAGAAAAGGAUCCAGGACAGGCUGUCCAUACUCAGGCGGCAGUGCGAUAUUCAGCAUAGAACGAUAUAG